AGGUCAGUCGACCUACAAGCUGCAAAAAACAUGGUACCCCAUACACAAAUCUUAUAACUCAAUGUGCAACGUGUAGACUGUAUGGUGACCCUUCAGAAUGCAAACCAACAACGUCGCGCAGGUUAAUGCAAUUAAUUACAUACCGAAAGCUACUAACCAUCUAUAUGUGGUUUUGGGGUGUGUCUGCAGUAUUCGGUAAUAUUUGACAAAGGUAGUAGAACAAUAAACGACGCCUGUUUGAUAUAUUGUUUGCCAGGGGGAGGCGUUGGGCUCAACGUUGUUUUUCAUAAGAGCUCAAAGGGGGAAGAAAAAAGCAGGAGCACACACACCACCACACACAAGUCGUAAAGAGAGUUAAGGGACGUAAGCUUCACCGGACUACACAUCAGCCUCACAGAACCCAGCGGCAGUGGACUGCAACGUGGAACAUCGGCAGCAAACAUGUCACAGAAAGAAGUGAACGGGUCUUCCCAUCGAGGGAAGGUCCUCACGCUGGAGACCAUGAACCAGAACGUGAGGCAGGUCGAGUACGCGGUCCGGGGUCCGAUGGUCCUGCGCGCCGUACAGAUAGAAGAGGAGCUGAAAAAGGGAGUGAAGAAGCCUUUCACAGAGGUCAUCAAGGCUAACGUCGGCGACGCCCACGCUAUGGGCCAGAAACCAAUCACAUUCAUCCGACAGGUCUUGGCCCUCUGUGCCUAUCCGGCGCUCCUUGAAGACGACAAGUUCCCAGAAGACGCCAAGCUACGAGCCCGUCGCAUCCUGGACGGCUGUGGCGGACAGAGCAUCGGUGCCUACAGUGCCAGCCAGGGUGUCGAAUGCAUCCGAAAGGACGUGGCCAGCUACAUCGAGAAGAGGGACGGAGGCAUCCCCUCCAACCACGAGAACAUCUACCUCUCCACCGGCGCCAGCGAUGCCAUCGUGACCAUGCUGAAGCUGCUGAUUUGCGGUGAGGGCCGCACGCGCACGGGGGUGAUGAUCUCCAUCCCCCAGUACCCGCUGUACUCGGCCGCCCUGACGGAGCUCCAGGGCGUGCAGAUCAACUACUACCUGGACGAGGACAAGUGCUGGGGGCUGGACGUGGGCGAGCUACGGCGCUCGCUGACCGCCGCCCGGGAGCACUGUAACCCCCGGGCGCUCUGCAUCAUCAACCCCGGGAACCCCACCGGCCAGGUCCAGAGCCGGCAGUGCAUCGAAGACGUCAUUCGGUUUGCGAAGGAGGAGGGGCUGCUUCUCAUGGCCGACGAGGUGUACCAGGACAACGUUUAUGCGGAAGGCUGCGUGUUCCACUCCUUCAAGAAGGUGCUGUUUGAGAUGGGGCCCGAGUUCUCCAGCGUGGUGGAGCUGGUCUCCUUCCACUCCACCUCCAAGUGCUACAUGGGAGAGUGUGGCUUCCGCGGGGGCUACAUGGAGGUGGUGAACCUGGACCCUGAGGUGAAGGCCCAGCUCACCAAGCUGGUGUCGGUGCGUCUCUGCUCCCCGGUGUCGGGACAGGCCCUCAUGGACGUGGUGGUCAACCCCCCCCAGCCCGGGGAGCCCUCCUACGCCACCUUCACCAAGGAGCGGGCGGCGGUGUUGGCCGACCUGGCGCAGAAGGCCACGCUGACGGAGGAGAGCUUCAACAACGUGCCCGGGUUCCACUGCAACCCGGUCCAGGGGGCCAUGUACACCUUCCCCCGCAUCACCAUUCCUCAGAAGGCCAUCGACCAGGCCAAGGCGGCAGGCCAGGCCCCAGACCAGAUGUACUGCAUGAAGCUCCUGGAGACCACUGGAAUCUGCUUGGUACCAGGGAGUGGCUUCGGCCAGAGAGAGGGAACCUUCCACUUCAGGAUGACCAUCCUGCCCCCCAAGGAGAAGCUGAAGUAUGUGCUGGAGAAGAUCGCAGAGUUCAACGCACAGUUCCUGCAGGACUAUUCCUAACGCCUUUCAGAAGCCAUCCGAGCCAUACGUCAUCUGAAGCCACUUCCGUCCCGUCCUGGAUCACUGUAAACACAGUUUGCAUGUAAAAGUUACCCUUCCCUGGUAGCGUUGUCAAAACCCAUCGGCUGACUACCCUAGGGAAUGCCUAGAAUGCUACAACACCCUGGGCAACUUCGGUUACCUAGCAAACGGUUGUGUUGUUUCGCAACAUAGUCCCCCAUUUUGAUCGGACGAACAGCAUUCAGUGAUAACUGUCGUACGUCGAAUUUUUAACGUUUAACCAAUUGUAUACUUGAAAACUUGUCAGCUCGCGUCAUAAAUCGCAGCCGAUGAGAGCCUUUUUAAUCUUCUGAACACCUAAGCCAAGCGUUUUCUGAAAUUCUUAUCUUUUAAAACUGGAAAACGACAGCUCAGUUGAAGGCCAUGACAGGGAGAUUGACUUUUAUUUUUGUGUGGGUCAUGGUGACACGGUGCGUCACAAAAUAAUCAGACC